GGUUGCCUAAUGCUAAAAAGGGUCCUUCGAGUCACACUUCCGCAAACAAAUUAAAGAAGCAUUCUAUUGCAUUUGUUGCUUAAACAUACAAUUACGAUAUAUUUGAUGCAUUUUACACUGUUCUAUACGUUUAUCAUAACGAUUUCACUAACAUGUCCUUAUUUGACUGUGAAGGGCGACAACAGUUGCGCCGUUCUGAAGCAGCGGCUCCAGUCAACUGCGGUUUCAAUCGUGAUCAAGAACAAGGGCUUUCAUAGGGAGUUAGAGACAACAGUUGAGCUCCAGCUUGGUAGCGCGUUCAAGGACGUCCGACUUUUGCUGCUUCACACAUGGCCCAGUGGGGUCUAUGUGGACCCCUACCAGCUUGCUUUCCUCAGCGAUGCAGUUGAUUGGCAAAUAUUAGUGGAUUCGGCCAUUGACCUGGAGGUGCCAGCACACAAGACUUCUGGAUUCGUCACCUACGUUUAUCCUGCCUUCAGUGAACAAAUUCUCGGUGUGCUCAACAUUAGCAUUCCCAUCCACGGGCGCUAUCACCAGCCCUCCUUUCACGGGGAAACCUUUGAAUCUAUCACCAUAGAACCCCCAAAGCUGCUUUUGCGCACAGAAAAAUGUUCACAGCUAGAUGAUUUGGAGUCUCACACAGCAACGGAAGCACCCUGCACCGCUGACAAUACGAGCAUGUGUCUGUGGAUUCAAGUCCAACAGAAGCAGCGGCCUGGCGACGUGAUCUUGCGUUUGCCAGUGGGCAACGGUUCUCUGGUGAGGCCUGUGUGCGGCGUGACACUGGCCGUCACCAUGAUAUGCUGUUGGGCACUGUCCAAAUACAUGUGGAAGCAGCGGAUUGUUUAAAACGCUGUGCUGCUUACAAGUACAGAUCAUGUCAACUUGGUGAAUGCUCCACAACAACCUGUAAUGUGCAGAAGUCUCCGCGCUUCAGAUAUGUUCGGAAAUUGCAGCAAUAGUCGAACGACUUCCUGAAUCAGCGCUGGUCCAGGAAGUGGUUUGUUGCCGCGAUUUAUAAGGAUGUACCAUUCGAAAAAAUGUGGGGAUAUCCACGAAUGGACCAGUAGGUUUCCUAGUUUGAUAGAAAUCUGCGGUAUUUUUAAACAGUUCUUGUAAUCUUGCUGUUCACAUUUUGACAUCAUGAGAUCAAGACCAUCAUGAGAUCAGAGUGAAGUGGCCACUGAGCUUAUUGUCACAGUGUGGGUGUGUCAUCAUUAAGAUUAUAUGGAUGGAUCAAUCACCAGCUGUGAAGUUUUCGUGCAGUUUUAUUUAUAUAUACAUAUACAUAUAUAUAUAUAUAACAACAAACUGAAUCUGAAAAAUUAUUUUAAAAAGAUACAUCGCAACAGCUCUGAUCGGAAACUGCAAUUGCAGACUGCUGAUCCCAAACAGCUUCCGGUGAGUUUUAGGGCUGAGGAUUGACCUGCUUUUUUGGGGUUUGUUUGUUUAUUUUUAAAUGCGUUUUUUGUGAAUGUGAAAUUGAUAGGAUGCUUUUUCCACAAUACAAAUGUUGUUUUGUUAAAUAAACAAAUAACAAAAAUGCUGGUGGUUCUCAUGGUAUGCAUGUUGUACAGAGAGCAUAUUUGACAAUAAAGCUGACUUGAGUUGA